UACUACGUACGUAACUACAAACAAACACACGCACGGACGAAAAAAUGGAAGCAGACGACAUUGAUUUAGAUGUUGUGGACUUGUUUUUUGACGAUAAUGAUUAUAACCCAAAAAAGUACCAGGAUGAUAUAAGUAAAAUACAAACGUUUGUAGCUGGUCAUCAUGCACGAAUGAAUAAAGUCGUCCUAGUUACAUCUGGAGGAACAGCAAUACCUCUGGAAAAUCAAGCAGUCAGAUUUAUUGAAAACUUCAGUGGUGGAAAACGAGGAGCUGCUUCAGCAGAGUAUUUUUUAUCAGAAGGCUAUGGAGUUAUAUUUCUCUACCGUCAGGGAUCUCUGAGACCUUACAGUAGACACUUUGCAGGAGGAAAUAUAUUGGACGUAUUGGAAAUAAGAGAAGAUUGCAAAGAUGGAACGUGCUCUCAACUUCAAGUUGAUACCACCAAGAUGCCUUCUCUAAUGGCUAUCGUCGAGGCCUACCAAACUGCUAAAAACUCUGGUAGGUUGUUGGAAGUUAGCUACCAUAGUCUUGUUGAUUACAUUGCGUUGUUGAAGGCGUCAAGUGAAGCCCUGCAUUUAUUGGGGUCAUUGGCAGUAUUCUACCUUGCUGCAGCGGUAUCGGACUUCUACAUUCCACCUUCUGAUAUGCCAAAGCACAAGAUACAGUCUACAUCAGGUCCACUUCAACUUGCUCUUCAUCAGGUCCCCAAAUUUCUACGAGCCCUCGUUUCAAAGUGGUCCCCAAAAGCAUUUGUGGCUACCUUCAAACUCGAAACGGAUGAAGCAAUUUUGAUAGACAAAGCACUAGGAGCUCUCUCUAAAUAUGGACAUCAGGUUGUGAUAGCAAAUAUUUUACAUGAGAGGCGGUACAGAGUAAUUAUAGUAACCAAGGAAGAACAAAAAGAACUUUUACUCAGUAGAGCUUCGCAAGACCAGGAGCACGAUAUUGAAAGAGUAAUAGUUAGGGAUAUCUGUAUACGACAUGAUCAAUUCCACAAGGGAACUGAAGUUUAGGGGCAAAAAAUCUUCUUCUUUCAUUAAAAUUUCUAUCCAUUCUUUUUUCCUUUUUUUCCAUGUGUACUUUGUUCCCUCAGAACGUUAUUAGGGAGCUUUUGAUUGCACGACGAUGGUAGGACGUAGAACGUAGUGACGUCACAUAAAGUCAUCUGCGCAUGCGAGAACGUUGAGUUCUCGCGGUCACAUGGAUUCUAGGACACAAUUUGGCCAAAUAUACGUUCUGCAAAGAACGUCGGACGGUCACGCAUGAGUGAAUCCGUUCUGCCAUUGUGUCGUCGCACAUAUCGGAAGCUUCAUAUUAUCAAUUUUGGCAGGAGUCCCAAAGUUUUGGUCGCAUCAUAUACUUAUACGGAUCUUUCCAGAUUAACAACUGACUAUCAGAGCAUGUUAUUUAAUAGCCAGGAAUAUGCUCCUGUCCCACAAACACCCAAGUUUAUGGACAUUUUGCACAGUUUAAGAUCUCACUCUUUAGCAAGAAUAUCCUAGGGGAAUGGGCUGGCUUAGCGGGAAGGUCUUUAUAUACAACAUACCAGUGUGUAUCUAUUCAUGAAUGUUUGUGAAAGCAAUGCUGCCUCAAAAUCAAUUGGGAUUCUCGUUCUAUGAAGAAGCAGAUUGCUUGCCUUGUGAUCAUGUUUAAGCAGCAGUGGUGCCACCAAGAUUUGUCAGUUUGUGUUGGGGGAGGGGUGCCAGGGUGAAGCCCUGGUGGGGAUCAGGGUGGCUAGUACUACUGUUGCUUAAAGAAACUGAUUUUGGCUCAUCUGUUCUAGAAUGUUUUACAACAUAUUUUACUACCCAAAUAUGUUUUUUUCCCCGAUGAAUAGUGCCGACGGGACUGCUGGUAUGGGUAGUGCGGGGAGAGGGGGAUGAGAGCCGGCUUCCUGCUGACACCCCGCAGCCUUUGUCACUGUUAAGCAAUAAAAUAUCUUAAUAGUUCAGUGAUUGAAUGUAGAUACAUAAAUUAUUUGAAUUAUACAAUUAAAUUUUGUGUUUAAGGCACAUUGAAUAACUUAUGCCAUGAACAGUUUUUCUACACAUUGUAGAUUUUAAAUAAAAUUAUAGUUACUGUUAAAAUUA